AUGGAUUCUACACUGAUUGAUCCUAUACUACUUGAUCCUGUACUACUUGAUCCUGCACUACUUGAUCCUACACUACUUGAUCUGGUACCAGAUAUUUCUGUACCUAUUGAUCCUGCACUUAUUGAAGCAACAGUUGCAUACAAGUUAAGUAAGAAUACAGUUGAACCUCAAAGGUCUACAGCAAAAAACAUCCCUGCUUCAGAACAGAAGCUUCAGGCAGACAAGAGGGCUGAGAAGGCAGCUGCUGUUUGGUCAGAUGUUGUACAAGAAGUUGCUUGCUAUUACCAAGUGCUUGAUACAAUUGCUGCUCAGCAUGGUGUUAAUCCUGAACAACUGAAGGAGAAGGUAUUUGCUAGAGCAUCUCUCAAGAAUGAACAGAAAGUGAAUCCUUUCAAUGCCUUUGUACAUUUCAAGGCUGUCCAAUACAAGGAAGGCAGUGUGUAG